GACCGCGAUGUGGCAACCCGUGCAGCUCCCGGAGAAUGCGCGCCGUUCACUGGUGUGAGGGGAGAAAAAAAAAGAAGCUGCGGUCAAAACGAGAAUAAAUUGAUGUUCAGCUCUGCGGCGACCACAAUGGGCGACGUAGCGGCUUUAACAUUGUGAUCGCCCCCCCCCCCCCCCCCCCCCCCCCCCCCCGGCGGCCUCUUCAACGACCUCCUGUUCUCAGCCUCACCAAAUUAAGCCUACCUUCAGAGCCAAGAUGGGGGCGGUGGUCCAGAUGCACUUCACCACGGUGGACUACGUCAUCUUCGCGUUGCUGUUGGUGGCCUCGGCUGGAAUCGGCUUGUAUUACGCCUUUUUUGGAAGCGGAGCAAAACCGCAGGAGUUCCUGAUGGCCGACCGCUCCAUGAGCUGGCUUCCCGUGUCUCUGUCGCUGCUCGCCACGUUCCAGUCGGCCGUGGCCAUUCUGGGCGCGCCGUCCGAAAUCUACACGUUCGGGACGCAGUACUGGUUCCUGGGCUGCUCCUACUUCUUGGGCCUUCUCAUCCCAGCUCACGUCUUUAUACCGGUCUUCUACAGGCUGCGCCUUUCCAGCGCGUACGAGUAUCUGGAGCUGCGCUUUAACAAGACCGUCCGCAUAUGUGGGACUGUGACCUUCAUCUUCCAGAUGGUCAUUUAUAUGGGCGUGGUCCUUUAUGCUCCAGCGUUGGCACUGAAUGCAGUCACAGGUUUGGACUUAUGGGGAGCAGUGUUUGCCAUGGGACUGGUGUGCACUCUCUAUACCUCUCUGGGGGGCCUAAAGGCGGUGAUGUGGACCGACGUCUUCCAGACCGUCGUCAUGUUUGCAGGGCAGCUGGCGGUGAUCAUUGUCGGGGCGCACCAGGCGGGGGGGAUUUCAGAGGUCUGGAGGAAAGCCGUGAACGGCAGCCGCAUUGCCGGACUCGACCUAAACCCAGAUCCUUUGGAGCGCCACACCUUCUGGACGUUGGGCGUAGGCGGAAUCUUCCUGAUGCUGGCUUUAUACGGGGUCAACCAGGCCCAAGUCCAGCGAUACCUCAGUUCCCGCACUGAGAAAGAGGCCAUUAUGUCGUGCUACGUUGUUUUCCCCUGCCAGCAGAUCGUCCUGUGUUUAGGUUGUUUGAUGGGGCUGGUCAUGUUUGCUCGCUACGGAGAGGACAGCCCUCUCGAUAAGGGCUACGUCCAAACAAACGAUCAGAUGGUGUUAUACUUUGUGAUGGAUGUCUUCAAGGACCUGCCCGGCCUCGCCGGCCUGUUUGUGGCCUGCCUCUUCAGCGGAGCGCUCAGCACCAUCUCUUCAGCUUUUAACUCCCUGGCGACAGUAACCAUGGAGGACCUCAUCAAACCUCACUUUCCCGACAUGGCCGAGUCGAAAGCCACGCUGCUCUCCAAAGGACUUGCGCUGGCCUAUGGUUUGGUUUGUCUGGCGAUGGCCUACCUCGCUUCCGUCAUGGGAUCUGUGCUGCAGGCGGCUUUGAGCAUCUUUGGGAUGGUGGGCGGCCCCCUGCUGGGCCUAUUUUCCCUGGGAAUGUUCUUCCCGUGGGCCAACUCCGUCGGGGCGCUGGUGGGCUUAGCGGCGGGCCUCGCCAUGGCCUUCUGGGUCGGCAUCGGCAGUUUUGUGAUGCGUAUGCCCGCUUCGAGUGCCGUGUCACCGCUCGCGACCGUCACGCCGCCCCCUUUUGAGAACGUGACCGCGACCGUCAUGACCGCGUUGGUCAACGCGACGACACCCAAACCGAGGCCGACGGGCGUCGACGCACUCUAUUCGUUGUCCUACAUGUGGUACAGCGCUCACAAUUCGGCCACCGUGGUUGUCGUGGGACUGCUCGUCAGCCUGCUCACGGGACCGAUGAAGGAGAAGCAACUGAGCCCAGGAACCGUGUACCCAGUCCUGGGGAAUCUGCUUUUCUUUCUGCCUCAACGCUACAAGGAGAAACUGUGCUGCGUCACUCCUCUGGCGCCAAAGUCCAACGAAAUCGCCGCGCAGCCUUACGAGAGGGCCAAGAAAGGCGCCAACGGAGCAGCUUACCGCAAAGAGGACACGGUCACGGAGGAUAAAGAAAUGGAGAGCGACAGCGCGCCAGCAGAAGACGAGGAAUGCAGGGCGGCGCUGCCAACGUGCAAGCUGACCGCUCACUGCCUGGAGGAAACGGCCCUCUAAAA